AUGCCAAUUUUGAGGCCCCAAAGUCAACUUAAAGUCACCUGGGACGGGAUGAUCCACACGCACGCCCACACGCAGGUGACAAGGCAACGGCCAGGUGUUGGGCAGGUGGCAGCUGACCUGCCCAAUAUAAAGCAUCACUGGGAGAUGUGUAUGACAGUCACGGUUCACAUGCACGGCCACUUACACGUAGUGCACGCACAGCUAGCAAAGAUGCAAGGAUUGGUGUUCUUGGUAGUGUUCUGCCUCGUCACGUCACACACAGCAGCUGACGAUGUCCUUAGGUGGCUGCUUUCUCAUCCCUUACAAAAGGAAACCAGUGGCCGCCAUAACGCUCGUGAUCUGAGCGCUGCCGAAGGCUCGCCCUCACCUUCCCUAUACGACCCUUACCAGCACUUCCGUCUGUGUAACAGUGACCGAGCCUGUGAGCGUCGCGAGUUCUGUGACCAGCACUACGGUGUGUGCAGGGAGAAGCUUGGCACUGGACAGCCCUGUCGCCGUGACUUCAUGUGUGCCCGGGACUUGGACUGCAUGUUUGGCGAGUGCCAGCAGCGCGUAGAGCCAGGUCGGGAAGGGGCAAGAUGCCGCAAGAAUAGGAACUGCGGCCCCGAUAUGUGCUGUGCGCGGCGUAAUGGUGAACAUAUCUGUCAGCGACGACUGCCGCUCGGCCACAAGUGUUUCGUGCCAGAGGGCGGCCCCGAGUACGUCAUCAACGAGCGGUGCCCCUGCCAGUCAGACCUUAUCUGUAAAUAUACUAGCCCAAAGCCUCCACCACGCGACCCAGCAAUGAUCUGGGCAACUUACGAAAAUAUGAGAUGCGUCCCUCCAUCUCACAGCCCACAUAGCAGUGGCUGACUGGAGGAAGACUACACACUGAAAACUGAAUGAAAUAUGCCUGAUGGCUCCUCACAAGGAUGUCAACAACGGAUCCAGCCAAGGAGCGGCAGCAGUCACCGUCUGGUUUAGCAGCAGGUCAUAUCCUGCACAGUGAAGGGAGUUACGGCCUGACCAUGAGCACCCAUAAUGCGCCAGGCCAACGCAUGGCCAUAAAGGUCCAAAUGACGGCCAGAGGAGCUCAAAGUGAAGGGGUGCAUCCAGCCAGUCACAGCACGAUAGCACGACGCACACUCCCUCGCAUAGUAACAAUGCCAGGUGUGGGGCAGGUUACGCAAUGACCUUAUUAGUGCUAAAUAUAUUUGCAAAACGAUGAUUUUUGUAAUACUAACACAAAAAAAAUAAAGAUUCUAUGUAAAUCUUACAAGACUAUCUGUUACGAAAGGUGUUAACAAUGCACAGCACCAUUGCCAACAGAGAAAAGAAUCGGUUUUGAAUAUAAAUAAAUGUAUAGAUACAUACAAAUUCCUUCAAUAAUGUAUUCAUACGCAUUUUUCUUUUUUACUUUGCCUGUUUAUAUACAGUAUCUAAAAUGGUACUGUUUGUUCUCACCCUUAUAUAUAACUGUAAUGCAAUAGAAAACACAAGCACUUCAUGUAGUGGGGAAUGUGGAAGCAGACAUUACGAUGCAUACUAAUGAGAAUCAGCUGAAACACAAAAAAAAAGUAAAACAUCAAAUGAAAUAAACUAUAUUACAACAAUAACA